AUGCGCAGAGUUGAGACCGGUCAACUUCCCAUCGCAAGAUCAACCGAUCAGUAUGCUUCUAACUCACUCAACCCGCUCAUCCUCGGCACUCUGCGGAAACAGCGCAUCGGCACCGAAUUUCACGGAUUCAUGCACCUACCCAUCGAACUCCGGAAUCUCAUCUACAAACACCUCCUCAUCCAAGUCACCGUCUUCGUGCCCAGGGUCGGUCUCAAUUACGAUGUAAGCUACGAUUCACGUCGCACCAUGGACUGGGUUGAGCGUCGCUACAGCCGUUAUGCCGACAUACCACACGACUGGGGCAAGCUCUAUGAGGCCGGAAAGCGCAUUGGCCUGAUCUCAGGUGCGAGUCAGACUGUGUUCUACGGUCGUAACCGGUUCGUGUUUCCCUACGGAGAUUUCAGUUUCACAGAGGAUAAUAUCUGGGGGCCCUUACCAGAGUACCGCCAGAUUCACACUCUGCUGCGCGAUGUCAGUAUAUCGUUCGACAUGCGCGACUGUCGACGCAAGGAUUACUGUCCCAUGACGAAUCGAUAUCGGUAUGGCGUCGUGGCUCAGGAAGACGCGGAAGAUUCGCAGGGAAACGUUCCUGCUGCACCCACUGUCGCGCGUCAGACGUACUUGGAGCUGGUUCACAAUGGGAUCAAGUGGACCACGGAGGAGGCAUUCAUGGGGCAGAUCUAUGUACUGCAUAAGAUGGAACUGAAUAGGUUGCAGCUCGAUCUCGAGGAGUGCUAUUACGCCAUGGGAUGCUGCUGGAUGGUAAAAGACGUACUUGAUGAGUUCAUCAAUGUCGUUUGGGAAGGUCAACUCAGCGUCUUGGAGAUAAUGGGAUGGAAAAACGACGCAGAGAAGCAGAUGAUCGAGAAGAAAGUGCAGGGAAUGAGAUGGGGUGGCAUCCGGGCCAGCAUCGUGUUUGUCGGCAUUUCAACCACAGAAGCCCGCGCUGCCCGCAAACUUGCAUAUGCAGCGCAAAACUGA